AUGAACGCGGCAUUAACCCAAUUCCUCGCUUCUGUAAAGCAUCGGUAUCAUGAAGCCUUAUCAGACUAUGAAUUCUCAUACGGACAAUUGCUGCUCCUCCUGGCUAGCGCCUUGAUUGCAAAAACAGUCUACGAUAUAGUGUGUAAUUAUUUCAUUAGCCCACUCAGCGUCAUCCCUGGACCCAGAUUAUGUGCGAUUAGCAAACUUCCACUUAUCGUGCGACGACCGGAAGGGAGGAUGUUUGCGUGGUUUGCUUCCCUGGUUAAACAAUACGGUCCGGUUGUACGCAUAGCUCCAAAUAUGGUUUUGUUUGCUGACAGGGACGCUGUCAGGCAGAUACUCGUAUCAGAUGAUCUUCCAAAAAGCCCUACGAUUUCCGGAAUUAGAGUCGACCCGGCGUUCCAAACGCUCUUUACCGCAGAUGACAAGAUCUUCCACAAAGUCCGGAGACGAUUAUUAUCACCGGCAUUCACUAGCAAAUACAUCUCUUCACUCGAACCUCUCAUGCGUUCUUGCAUUCAAGUUCUCGUGCAAAAGAUACGCGACACUGUUAUCACCAACGGCUCUGAGAAACCGGCACGGAUAAACAUCUAUCAAUGGAUACAAGCAACCGCAAUCGACGUGAUUGGCGAAACCGCUUUCGGAGGAUCGUUCAAUAUAGUGGAAAAGGGUGAUCAUCCGUUACCAAAGAAGAUCUUUGAAGAGCUUAGAAUGCGUGUAAUUCGUGGAGCGUUUCCUUUGCUAAGAUCUUUCUUACCGCAAGACGCUUACACGGAAAAAUUUAUCACCAAUUUAAUUCGAGAACGAAUUGCUCAAAACGAAAAAGGAGUACGACGCAAUGACAUUCUUCAAAUCGUCAUUGACGCUAGAGACGAAGAUACCGGAAAAGGCUUGACCGAAUUCGAAAUGUACGAUCAAGUCAUGGAAUUUGUAAUUGCCGGAAGUGACACGAGUUCGUUCACGGCUAGCAUGGCUCUGGCAUACCUUGUUCACAAUCCAAAGUCGCUACAAUCACUAGUCGCAGAAUUGGACGAAGCGUUUCCGGGCGUCCGCGACAAGGCCGAUCCGUCAAACUUGUUCAUUCCCAAUCACGAUAGUCUAAAAAAUCUCAAACAUCUUAAUGCCGCCCUCAACGAAACCAUGCGCAAAUUUCCCGUCGCCCUCAGCGGUCUCAUCAGGCUGACCAAAUCUGAUACCAUGAUUGGCGGUUAUUUCAUUCCCAAAAACACGUCCGUUGACGCAUUCUUUGGUCAUGUUCAAAACUCUAAAGAGUAUUGGGGUCCUGAUGCCGAGGAAUGGGUCUUGGAACGAUGGCUCGAUCCAGACAAGGUGCCUCGUAACUGUUUCUACGGCUUUGGUGCGGGAUCGCGCAUUUGCAUCGGACAACAUUUUGCUUGGACUGAAAUGAGAUUGAUUUUGGCUUCUUUGCUGUUGAACUUUGACUUUACUUUAAUACCGAAUCAGAAUAUGGACUUGGUGCAUUUUAUUACCCCAUCUUUAAAGACGAAAACGGUUGACGUUGACGUACGCUUACGAUGA